AAUAGAGAUAUGGUGCAUACGUGGCAGCUCCCUAGUGGAGGAAACGAUUUAGUCCAAUUUCUCAAGAUCAGAUAAUUCUGGGAGCCAAAGAAAAACAAGGAAAAGUCCUAUUCAUUCAACGCCUCUCAAUCUCUCUUUAACAAUUCUUCCUCCAAAAGAUCAGACAUGGCUAGCAGCAUGGCAUCGGCUGCUUCAAGGUUCUUGCUUACACCCAGUGUUCCAAUCUCAGCAUCCAAGACCACCACUAACAUGAUGUUUUCUUCUUCAAAGAUCAACAACAAUUCAAAACUUGUUGUGAGGGCAGCUGAGGAAGAGGCUUCGCCACUGUCCCCAACCCCAACAACCACCACCACAGCAUCGGAAGGUGGCGAGGCCCCCAAGCCUAAGCCACCUCCAAUUGGACCAAAAAGAGCACCAAGGGUGAAGAUUCUAAGGAACGAGUCCUACUGGUACAACAAUUAUGGAUCAGUUGUGACUGUUGACCAGGAUCCCAAGUCACGGUACCCAGUUGUGGUUCGAUUCAACAAAGUGAAUUACGCCAAUGUAUCCACCAACAACUACGCUCUGGAUGAGAUUGAAGAAGUUAAAUGAGUCACUGUUGCAUUUCGUCAUAUUUUUAGUUUUCAGUGAUCGUAUGUAUGUAUGCGUCCAUGCAUCCAUGCAUGAUUGUUUGUGUUAGACAAAAUGGUUAAUCCGAG